GGGAGGGGAGGGGAAAACUUCUUUCUGAAAGUUAUUGUUAAGCGCCUCCCUUCAUAGAUUCACUGCGUGUCGCUUGAUGUUGUCCGUCUCGGGCGUCUGAAGCUAUGGGUCUUCUCCAGAAAAAACAAAACCGAGAAAACACAUAAAGAUCCACAUUAAUUAACAUUACAUUUCAGAGGCUUCACCGACCAGCCCCAUGGCCUGCACAAGGGCCCCAAGUUAAGAGAUUUAGUAGUGCAAAAUAUAAGGGAAUGUGAGAUUUGUAAAAUGUUGUUACAGGGCUAUAAACUAUUAACACCAAAUGAGUAAUAGAAACAGUGAUUGCUAGAGAAUGUUAAAGUGUGUUGGGAUCACUGUGAACUUCAUGAAGAAAGUGGAACUUAAAAUGAGUGUGUUAAGGGAAGGCAAGUCGGACACAGGGUUCGACAUGAACCGAGAUCCACAGAGCUGGAAUGCCCCCAUGUCUGGCACCUGGCUGGCCGUAAGUUUCACCACCUCCUCAUCACCCCCUCCUCAUCACCCCCUCCUCAUCGCCCUGUUAGCAGAGGGAUGGAGGAGGGUGACUCUGAAAUGCCAGUGUCCUGUGAACAGUGCCUCCAAAUGUUAAAGGCUUCCAUAGUCACAUACUCUAAGAAACUCAUUUGGAGAAAUCUCUGAAAGAAGAGUCUUAUUUGGAAAUCUUAUUUAACUGUUUACAUCAAUACUUUCCAAACUUGUUUGACUGAGAGCCUUUGUUUUUCCCUUCUCGGGCCCCUGCAAUGAGCUCAAGAAGCGCCUCAGAAGUACAUUUCAGGAAAAGCUCCUGGGGAGAAUCAAGGACCACAGAAGGGUUUGGAGCAAUGGCAUAACAUUGGGUUGUGAUGGGUUAUGUAAGAAGAUUAAUGGGACAGCCAUGUGUGGGAAUGGAGUGGCCCGCAGAGAGGAGAGCCCGGGAGGGCAUGAACCGCAGUGAACCACACAGAGACGAGGACAUGACCUUUGGCUCUAAAAAGAAGACUCCAUUUUUCAUGAUAAAAUGGCAGUGGUGAAAACCCCCAGCAGAGGACUAAAGAAUGCUAAAGAACCCUUUAAUAAUGCAUCACCCCACCUCUUGAAGAACCUAGUGGAGGAGCCGAAGAAAAGAAAAGAAGUACCUAAUCACCUCCUAGAAUCAAAGGUUUAUGCAAAACUUGUGAACAAUAAGGUCAUACAGGCAAGACCUGGCAUAAUACAUUUUGGAGGCUAUCAAGUAGAAAAACACCACCAACAGAUUCUGCAUCUGGUCAAUGUUUCCAAUGAAGACACAAGUGUUCAUAUUUUACCCCCACAAACCAAAUACUUUGAGAUCAAUUAUGUAAGAAAGGAACACCACCUGGUCCCUGGCUUGUCCCUCACGGUCACGGUUACGUUUUCUCCAGAUGAGUGGCGAUACUAUUAUGACUGCAUCCGUAUUCACUGUAAGGGAGAUGACACUUUGCUUGUUCCUAUUCAUGCCUAUCCAGUCAUGAACUCACUAGACUUUCCUUCAUUUAUAAAUCUGUCAAAUGUUCUACUUGGUGAAAGCAAAACUUAUGUUAUUCCUUUGCAGUGCAGCUGCCCUGUAGAUUUUGAGUUCUAUAUCACUUUGAUUCAGUCUCAUCAAGCCUUUGCUAUUGAGCCCACAUCAGGAAUAAUUCCAGCUAAUGGGAAGAUGGCUGUGACUAUUAAGUUUACACCCUUUCAGUAUGGGACUGCACAAAUAAAAAUGCAGUUAUGGAUUUCACAGUUCAACUCUCAACCAUAUGAAUGUGUCUUCACUGGAACAUGCUAUCCCAACAUGGCCUUACCAUUAGAAGAGUUUGAAAGGUUGAAUACCCUUUCUAAGAAAGUAAAUGUUCCUCCAGAAAAAGCAAUGAUGCAUAUAAAUUUUCACCGACCACCAGCGAAGCCGAAGCCUCAGAAGGUGAAGGAAAUUGAGUACCAGAACCUCAGAUUUCCAGUAGAUUUAUCGAAUCCAUUUGCUGUGGCAACUGUUUUAAACCAAGAACCAGGAAAAUUGAAGAUUAAAGAAUUAAGAGAAGUUUUGGACCAGGGCACUGAAAUUUCAAAAACGAGACAGAUAAAGGAGGCACUCUUUGAACAGAAAGUCAGACAGGACAUUCACGAAGAGAUGGAAAAUCAUCUUAAGUGGCAGGUGCACCUUGGUAAAGAUCCUAUGUCUUUUAAACUUAAAAAGGAGCUUACUGAGGAGUGGCAAAAAGCAUGCGCCAAAUAUAAGCUAGAUAGAGGAGAUCCUAUUUUGGAUGAGGAAUUUCAGCGACUUCAAACAGAAGUUAGCCAUAAACGGGUCGUUCGCAAUCAAGAAGAGAAAAUCAAGGAAUUUCAUCCUACUUUUGAUCCACUCAUUAAUAACACUUGGCUCAGCAGGUCCAGGGCACAAAAACGGUUUCAACAUGUUGCACGCAAGGUCAUGAUUCAGGGACGAUUAUUCAAUAUGCUGAGUGCUGUUCGUGAAAUGGACAAAGAGAGUAUACUGAGAAAGAUUGGCCAAGCAAAACAAUCGAUAGCACAAGAGGCGAAUUUCUUCAAAUUCUUCCUGAGGCGGAUCAGUCAGGAUGAUUAUACCAGCCGGUUCUCUGUGUCGCCCAAGGAGGUGCUGCCCUUUGCUUUCCCAGACUGCAGCCCACCCCAGGACUCCAAUGAGCUGGCUCCUGAUGGCCUUGGACUGGUCCCAAUUAAGUCUUCAGAAGUUCAAAUCAAGCAGAGUUAUUCCUUCUUCAAUCUGCAGGUUCCUCAACUGUACAAAAUUAAGAGAUAUCAGCCAUUCUCUGUCCACAAGUCUUCAACAAGUUACAGACCUCAAAAGCUUGCCCGAGCCCUAAAGCAAGGAGCUGAGGAUGAAGUCACCACCAUUGUAGCCCUUCCGAAACAGGACUCCACAACUCAGCUCUCUGGCAAGACAUCAAUCUUGAGCAUGAAACCACCUGAGGCCUUAACCAUGCCUCUAGAUUAUGAUCCUCUGUAUGUUUUUAAUCCCAACCCAGGAUUAUUUGCUGUAAUGCAUCCUCUGACCUAUGCAGAAACGUCGAUAGAUUACCAUCUAUGCUCUCAUCCCAAGUACAAAUUCACCAAAGAGUCCCGCCACGGGUCCAGCAUUCCUGUCACCCAAAAGCAGUUUCUCCAUCACACGGACAUUAUUCCCAGAAUAAUGCACUGGAAAAGCUUCCAGUCCCUGGUUCUCUCCUCCCUGCCGGACCCCUCCAAGAUGGAGACCACAAAGAGCUGCGAUUCUUUCAAUUCAUUUAUGCUUCCGAUAGACGUCCCUGCCAUUCUUGAUGCCUUACCAGAAGAAGACAGACUAGAAACAGUUGAACGUGAGCUCUGUGAGCAGAAUGUAGAAGUUAUGUUGACUCCAGAAAUGAUCAAAGUGGAAUUCCCUAUGUUGAACUACAAGGACAUCAGGAAGGAGAAAGAAGUGAAAGAUCAAGCACAACCAGCAGAGAAGGCCGGAGAGAAGCUGCUCGAGGAGAUGAGGAACCUGCGGGACAAAGCUCUCAACACAUACCUGAUUCUAGAAUGAAAGUCACCAGUAGGUCAGUCCCUUCCAUUUGCUUUCUGCGGGACACUGUGGCCCUUUGUGUCCAUUUACAUGCCAGCUAUCUCUGCAAUUAAAGUUUCUGGAUAAAAAAAUGAAACGUAGAGGAUGUAUAUAUCUUUUAAGUGAUAAUUAUAAAUCUUAUAUUUAAAAAUAAAAUGGCGUUAGGAUGAUG